AAGUGCAUCGCCGCUCAAUCAUUUUGUACACACAGCCAAUUUCGAACCAAUUUGCUUUUUGACAGUUUCUCGCGUUCAUAAUGCUACUUUUUUUACUUACAUUUUCACAUCUUGUGUUUCUUCCACCCCACAUCAUAGCGGAAAAUGCACCAAUUUAUUCUUAUGAAAAUGGUCUAUUAUUAACGUUACAUUCACAUGACCUGAAGAUUCAGAAGCCUUUUAUUGAUAUAGCCCGUUCUAUUCAAAACACGUUUGUUGGCAUUAAACCUACUCUCGACCCUCAGCAGCUUGAGGCGCACCUAGUGAUCAAUAAUUCUGCGUGUGUUAGAGAUAUCGUUUCUGUAAUAUAUGGUAUUUUCCGACUGAAUGAAGAAUCCAUAAAAUGGUUGGAUGCUGCUGGAAAAAUUGUGCCUGGCAUAGAGGCUGGUGGUAUUAACUGGAUCGGAAGCAUGGAAUUAUGUCAAAAUAUUACUGAUUUCAAUUACGCAUUGUCACAUCACGUUAAAGGAAAAUAUUGCUCAGCAUUUGUCAAACUUCCUACUGAUGAGCUUCUUCCUCAAAAAGUGACAAUAGAAUUGAACUAUGGAAUGUGUAUUCCCACCUCAUGUACCAAAGAUGAUUUAGUUGUGUUACUCGAUAUAGGUUUGUUGAAUUUAAACAAUAAAUGUACCUAGUUUUGUCUAGAGUAAACUUAUCCCUAGAUAACUCCACAACAUUUUGUCAUGAAGAAUUUGGAUCAGUUCCCAAAGACGGUUGGUUUUGGAUUUCAAUAUCUAUAUUAAUAAUAGUAAUCGUUCUCCUACUGAUCGGAACAACAAUCGAUUUGAUUAUAUGGAGUAUGUGGAAAUAUCAAGCGCAUACAAUUCUCUACAAUAGACUAGUUGACUCAGUCAACUCUUCAGAAUCACUGGCUAGUUCAAAUGAAUCUGUGAUUGUUUCUGGAGAAAAUAUACAAGAGGAGAAUACAACUGGAGAGAGUGAUGUUGUCUGCCCAGAAUUGAAUAGCUUAUCCUAUUCAAAAUAUCGAUUUAAAAUCCUGUCAAAUAUGAAUUAUGGCAUUAAAUUUCUUGCACUCUACUCUAUUCCGUAUAAUGGAUGGCAUUUAUUUCAGUUGAAACCAAGCACAAUAGUGAAUAAAUCAGGUCAACUGUGUGAAAAUCCUCUACUUUGUUUGGAUGGUAUUCGAGUUUUGACAAUGAUUUGGAUAAUAUAUGGUCAUUGUAUAGUAUAUUCUAUAGUCGGUUCGAAUAAUACUUUAUUUUAUGCACAAACUCAUCUGCGUCAAUGGUCGUUUCAAGCGAUGGUUGGUGCACCGCUGUCUGUGGAUGCCUUCUUUUUUAUGUCAGGAUUAUUAACUACCUAUUUAACGCUUCCAAAACUUCGAAGAAUUUGCAGUUGGAAAAAUUGGUUUAAAUUUUGGUGUAGUUUUACAUUUCAUCGUAUUGUUCGCUUAACACCAGCUUAUCUUCUAGUUUUACUUUUAUACACUGGUCUCUUUAUUCAUGGUUAUUCUGGCCCAUUAUAUCCACAGAAUCCUGAAUUAACAGAUGUUAAAUUCUGUCGAGCUCAUUGGUGGGCAACAUAUUUAAACAACUUUAUAUAUGCAGAUGAAGUAUGUAUGGGAUGGUCAUGGUAUUUAUCUGAUGAACUACAAUUUUCACUUGUAUUGGCGCCAAUAUUUUUAUCUUUACUCAUGUGCCAUGAAUACAUCGGUAUUUCCUUUGCCAUUGCACUUAUCAUUUCGAGUAUUGGAUCUACCUACGGUAUUUCAUAUGCAAACAAUUAUUUACCCUGGUUCCUUGCAAUUCAAUCAUUCACCACUAUUUAUAUAAAGCCGUAUACACGUUGGAGUACUUAUGCUAUAGGUCUUUUGUGUGGUUGGUUCUUGGAAAAACACCCGAAUAUUUUAGAGUCUGUAUCUCGAAAGUAUAAAGUUCUUCUCUUCACACUGGGUGUUUGCUUUUCAUCAAUAUUUUGCAUAUCUACUGUUUAUGGCCUGUAUGGAUUUUUAAGUGGAAAACUUCCAUCAAUGACAACUUCUGAAGCUGCAGCAUACACAGCAUUUAGUCGACCAGUGUUUAUUCUCGGUGUAGCAAUUGUUGUCUCGAUGUGUGCACUUGGCUGCGGCGGACCAAUUCAUUGGCUGCUUACAUCCUCGGUAUUUCGUCUUCCUGCACGUAUAACAUUCACUGUUUAUCUUGUACAUCCGAUUGUUAUUCAAUUUAUUAUUUUCGGUCGUCAAAGUCCAGCUGUAUUGGAUAAUUUAUAUCUGAUAACCUUGUUCUUCGCAGUUCUACCCAUCAGUUAUCUGAUUGGCUUCGUAGUCUCAUUGGCCACAGAAUCGCCUAUGCUAGUUACCAAAUAUGUGUUUGGAAGCAAACAACCUUCACCAAUAGAAAAUUAAAACAAAUUCAAAAUGGAUUCAAUAAAACAAAGAACGAAAGAAAGAAAAAAAAACAAAGAAACAAUCGAAUCUCUUUUCUACCUUUCAUAUGAUUUCCUAUUAUUUUUAGUAUAGAUAUAUAUAUAUGUAUUAUUUAAUAUAAGUGAAUUUUGUUUUAACGUUAUGCUGCAAUAAAUCCUAUUUGUAAUUACUUUUCAAGUUAUUCUUGCAUUAUUACACUUUUUUACUGUCUACCUUUUCAAUUACGUAACUAUCUUAGUAGUUUGUUUCCUGAUAGUCAGAAGAUUUCAAUGAUCCGCCUAAUUAUUCUGUGAUUACAUUCACUUGCAUUAGUUAGUGAAUUUUUUAAGAUUAAUUUCUUGAUCAAAGUUCAAUUUUCUUUGUUUUAUAUAACCCUGUGAUGUGCAAGUGCACAAAUGACUAAAAUAUAAUUAUUU